GCCAGGAUGAGCGCAGCCAGAAAAUGGCGGAUAUUGAGGAGUUACGGGUAGGCGAAAGUGUAAUGAUAGCUGGCUACUUCUUUGCGUCUCUCACAUUUUAAAAACAUUUUGCAGUUACCGUUUUUUGACUCUAUUUUACCUGUCGGUUUGCUACCCAUGGGCUAGUUUUUAUAGUUAAUACUGAAACGUCCCAUCACUCCGUUAGACGGAUUGUGUUUAGCCUGUUAGCCAACAACCAGCUAUUCUUUUAGCUCACGAUCUUCUUUCUACACAAAAAUUGAAGAUCAGCCUCACCAUGUCACUGCUUUUAUUACCUUCAUUUACUGCAUGAAUACGCUUUACUAUAACACCUAACUGAACUGACGACUGUUCGCUGCAGAUGCAUUUCGGUCAUUUGUUAAGGAUUUUUAAAGAAAAAAGGAUUAACACGUAAGAACAAUCAAGCAUGGACCAUGUAAUGAAGGAAUAUGGUAUCAGGUUUCCGUGUCUCAGAGCUCCAGGUACUGUUAGGUUUUGCUGGAAGGAAUAAGAGCGGUCGAAAGCAUGAACUUUUGCUGAGGGCUUUGCAUUUACUCAGGAGUGGUUGUAGUCCUGCUGUGCAGAUCAAAAUAAAAGAACUGUAUCGUCAGAGAUACCCACGGACACUUGAUGGUCUUCAGGAUUUGGUGGCUCUGAAGUCACGCAUUAAAUCCUACUUUGAAAUCGACAGCGGUGCCACAGUUGUGAGCUCAGAUCUUCCUCUGCAAACCGGCCAUCCAGACCUCCUGCAGCAUCACCCGCUGAGCUGUGAUUCACCUGUGUUUCAUGAGUCAAAGCCAAUGAUGAAUAUGCAGCAGGCCACGCCACUUAUGGCACCCGUCCACCCGGACGUGCAGAUGAAGUCCCUACCUUUUUACGAUGUCCUGGAUGUCUUGAUCAAACCGUCAAGCUUAGGGACCCAUGCUGGUCAGAGGUUUCAUCAUGAAAAGUACUUCAUAUUUGCCUUGACUCCACAACAAGUGAGAGAAGUUUGCAUUUCACGGGACUUUCUUCCAGGAGGAAGAAGGGACUACAUGGUUCAAAUUCAACUGCGGUUUUGUCUAGCAGAGACCAGCUGUCCACAAGAGGACAAUUAUCCAAACAGUCUCUGCAUCAAAGUCAAUGGGAAGCUCUUUCCCCUCCCUGGCUAUGCACCGCCUCCAAAGAAUGGUGUGGAGCAAAAAAGACCCGGCAGACCGCUGAACAUCACGUCGCUGGUCAGGUUGUCGUCUGCUGUACCCAAUCAGAUAGUAGUCACCUGGGCACCUGAAAUAGGAAAGACAUACUCCAUGUCAGUUUACUUGGUGCGGCAGCUGACCUCUCCACUGUUGCUACAGAGAUUAAGAAUGAAGGGGAUCAGAAACCCUGACCAUUCCAGAGCUUUAAUUAAAGAAAAACUCACGGCAGACCCUGACAGUGAAAUCGCCACAACUAGUUUACGAGUCUCACUCAUGUGUCCACUUGGCAAGAUGCGUCUUACGGUACCCUGCCGAGCUGUCACCUGUUCUCACCUGCAGUGCUUUGAUGCUGCGCUAUACCUGCAAAUGAAUGAGAAGAAGCCCACCUGGAUCUGUCCCGUCUGUGACAAAAAAGCCGCUUAUGAGAGUCUGAUUAUUGAUGGGCUCUUCAUGGAAAUACUCAAUGACUGCACAGAUGUUGAUGAAAUCAAGUUUCAGGAGGAUGGGACAUGGUGUCCAAUGAGACCAAAGAAGGAGACGUUGAAAGUGUCAUCUCCAUGUAUCCCAAAAAUUGAUUGCGCCGUCCCAGUGCGGCACAGUGCAGUGGUGCCACCCCCAGAAACCAGCAGCACAAAAAAAGGUGACAUAAUCGACCUCACACUAGAGAGCUCAUCUGAUGACGAAGAGGACAGCAAUCCUCCUCUGAAAAAGCGCUGUGUCUACAUGUCAAAGGCUGAGGAGAUGCACAACACAGGGGUCCUGACUUACCAGCCAUCAACGGUUCGGGUGCCAAAUGUCCAGGCGCUAGAUACCUCAUACCUGACCUCCUCAAUAACCGACUACUCCGUUCCAUUCCACCAUUCUACCUUAUCCACUAUUCCCACAGAUAUGCAGAGUCUUGAUUUAUUUUCUCUGAUUCAAGGGGAUCCACAGCAGCAUUACAGAGGCCCUAUAUUUUUAGACAACCUCUCCAGCAGCCUUCAGAGUGCCACCACCAGCAGCGGCUUGGUUUCCUCAUCAGCUUCGUACGAGUCGGCAACUCAUAGCAGCAGCUCGAGUCACGAGACGGGUGUCAUUACGGGAGGAUCUUCAGGCCUGUCAGACAUUAUUUCACUAGACUGAUCCCUGGCACAUAUUGAUUGGCCAGUCACCAAAACAGCUACACUCAAGUCAAGUUGGCUAAGUGAAAAACAUUUUCUACAUUUUACUGUGGACCUCAAGAAUCAUGUUUCGACAAGGACCCAGAAGGACUACUAUGAAAUGUUGUUGCUGGGUCAGCAACAGUGCCGUUUUAAAAAGCAAACUCGAAUCAAGCUGUUCUCCCUUUGAAUUGGGGAAACUACCAGAUACACAGUGACUCUCAUCCCUUAGCUAUUUAAGUGGAGGAGCAGAAUGAAAUAAACGGCAUAAAUGAGUGGACUAGAAAGCUCAGACCAGUCUAAUACUGUCUACGUUGUGUGUUUUGAAAUGGCGGUUCUGCAGUUGAAACGGCAGCAGGUUUUCAGCGGCAGCUCAGUUUAUGUUGUCUCUUCGAUAUCAGCAGUGCAAUUAUUUUUUUGUUACAAGACUUCAGUUCCAGCAAUAAAAAAAAAAAACUAUGUUGUAUAAUGUAAAAUGUUUACUUGUCUGAUACCAAGGCAGAAUGCAUAAGCAGCAGAUUCUUCUUGGUGGUUAUUUGCUCAAGAGCCAUCAGAUUCCCUUUUGCUGAUGAGGUAAACUUAUUUUCAAUCUGAAAUUUUAUAUGAAAGAUUUAAAAAAAAUGUUCACCUCAAUAACAUGUAAUAUCUGUUACUGUGGCUCAGUGGUAGAGCAUUGCGUUAGCAGCAAAAGGUUGUUGGUUUGAUUCCCAGGGUACACACAUACUGGUUUAAAAAUAAAUUUAGAUGCACUGUAAGUCGCUUUGGAUAAAAGUGACUGAUAAAUCUAAAUAUGACCGUUGUUAAAAUGAGUAAUUUAUGUAAUUUCAUGGUUCUAGGUCCGUUAACAACCUGCAGGCGUAAUGAAAAUCAAGCCAUUCAUUUUUUUUUUUUUUUUUUUUAGAUUAUGCAAGUUUUGUCUUGAUAAUAGGAUGGGGAUCUUUUUUAUUUAAAAAAAUCUGCUUUAAUUGCUAAUGGUUAUUUACUUGUUUGAGUUAAUCUGAUUUAAUUUACUGGUUUAUGAGCCAUACAACAUACUGACAUUUUGACCCAAGUCUGAAGUCAUGUAAAAGGCUGUUUAUUUCUUUUAGAUGUUGCCCCUUGUUACAUGUGUACUAUUUUGAGUUGGAUGUAAAAAAAAACAAAGAUGUGCUGUA